AUGAAGUUCAUCACCGUCGCCGUCCCGCUCUUCCUCUCCGCUUUUGCAACCGCUGCCCCCGAGGCUGCCCAAGAGAAACGUCAACUUGACGGCCUUGGUGGUGAUCUUACCGCAGGCAUCGGUGGCCUGACGAGUGCCGUCGGCGCCGGAGCCGCCAGCCUCAGUGCUAAUGGCGAAGGACUUGGCUUCACCAUCCUCGGCACCGGGCCCAACUCCGUCCUCACGGCCGCGGUCGCCCUGGGCACCUCGACCUUUACGCUCGUCACUACGCAAGGCGGUCAGGGCUACACGCUUGGCGCGGGCGGAUCGGCGGCGGCGUCUGCCACCACCUCACCUACGGGUGGCGCGACUGCUUCGCCCAGCUCUGGCGGUGACUCGAGCGCGGCGGUUUCGCUUAACCCGUCCAAGGGCGGUGGCAUCGGCUUUACCGUUCUCGGCAACGGGCCCAACUCUGUCCUCACGGCCGCGGUCGCUCUGGGCACCUCGACCUUUACGCUCGUCACCACUCAAGGCGGUCAGGGCUACACGCUCGGCGCGGACGACGCCGGCUCGGUGGUCGCGUCUGCCACUGCCGCGACGAUCCCGUCUGGGUUCAUGUCUAGCGUUCAGAGCGUUGUCUCUAGCGUCUCCACGGAGAGCGUCGCGAGCGUCUUAUCUACGAGCGCGGGAGGCGCUGCGCCUACCUCAUAUGUACCUGUUCUCGCCGUCGCAGCUGUUCGUUUUGACUGA